CGAGCGCAGAGACGGGGACAAAGUGGGCCUGAGCACUAACCGGAUAACACGCGUAACCGCAGCGUCUACAGAUCUGAGUCCACAAAACAGGCAGGAGGGUUUGCCCAAGUCAGUUUCGUAGGACUUUCACUUGUGUAGAGAAGCAUAACGUGCCUCUAAAGCGUCUCUAUUUUGGAUUUUAAACCCUUUUCUUCUGGAACAAGAAGGUAAGAGUUUUUCACUACAAUUUAUCUGUUAUUACUAAGUUUGCAGAUUGUCAAAUUCUUAUAGGGGUAGUAGUUACUUUUGGUUCUAAAAACUUACUAACACUAAUUUUCCGUUUUGUAGAUUUGGGUAUUAAGGGUUGUAUGAUCGGACAGAUCCGAUCAUACAUUAUUCAGUUUUGCGAUAACGAUACGAUACAGUCCAAGUAAACAAAAACUUUUCUUCAUGUUUUGACUUCAUACCGUUGAUUGCAACAUAUUUAAACUAUAUAAAUUCCAAAGCAUGGUCACCAAUAAACUGGCAUAUAUAAAUUUGAAGAUAAUUUCUCUAGCCACAUUUAAAUAUUGGGAAUAUAACUAUAACUUUAGACUUUUUAAUGUGUUGAUUGUGAGGGCAUAUUUUACUUAUGCAGCCCCUACUAUCAAAUCAUGAUCAAUUCUGUACAUGCAUCUUUAUUAGUGAUCAAAUUGUUUGUUUUUCUGCGUUUUUGCUGUUUCACAGAAAUGUGUUCUUGCAAUUCAGGAUCAUUUCUACAUUAUACUUUGUUCGUGUAUCCAUGGCCAUAAGAUUACUCAAGCUAUGGGAAUAACUACAUUAGGAAUGUCACUGUAAACAGCAAAUAUAGGCUUUGUUAUUUUUGUUGAAGUCAGACGGGGUAAUAGUGGGUGUACACAAAGCUGUCCUCAGGUGACCUAAGUGGUUUUCAACUGUUUGGAGCAAUGAGUGUGCAUACAAACCACACUCUCUCUUGUAUUACCUGGGUUGGCUUGCAUAUUCAUAGAGGAGGGGCAAAUCAGGUCUUUGUUGGCUUUACUCCCAUUGUGAUAAUGUAGCAACAGCUAUUGUGUGUUUAGUGCUUCUCUUGUGUGUGUCGUACACGCUGGGACUCGAUAAAGACAUUACUCAGCUUUUGGCACCCAGUGCACUUCUAAUUUGUGCUGCAUGAUACUUACAAAGGGACUGAGUUUUAGUUCUCUGUGUUGGUUUUAGAGUCUGAUCUAUCGGUUGACUGAUGUUAGUAUCUACAGAUGCAGUUGCAGAUACACUAAAUAUACGCCAAAAACCAAAAGGGGGCAUGAUUCCUGUUUUAAUGUUUGUUCAUCUCCUGUCACUGUAACAGUCUACCCGUACUGAUUGAUUUAGCUUUCUGUCUCCACAGAUGACCUCCAUCGGCACUUCUUCCAAAUGGCCCUCUUAUGACUUUCACCCCCCCUCCUCAAGCUACCUUCACAGUGAGAGUGAGCAGACUGAGGAUGAGGCUGAUGUCCUCUCAGAGGGUGAGGGGGACAAUGUCAGAACCAGAAAGUCGCUCUCAGGUGUCGACGAAGUCACACUUAUAAAAAGUUACCAUGGUUUCCCAGCUCAUUUGGAUCACUUGAGGUGCAGAAGCGGCCGACCCGAACAUGCCAGCACUGCUUCAUCCCUUGGAGUUGCAGCGUUAGGCUCAUCUUCAGUGACACCAGGCGACUUGGCCUUUGCUCAGAAAGUGAGCACCUUACACAGAUGCUUAGGUGUUACAUCUUUUAAUUUUUUUGUAGUCCAUGCCUAAGGCCUUUGAAAGUGGUUAAACCGGUCUGUCUCCUUAUUUCCUCAGUGUACAGAUCUGCGCAGAUUUACCCGUCCUUUGCUUGAUCUUUUGAACGGACUGAAGACUGGCCGAUUUGACAAAGGUAGAAUUGAACAUCAAACCUUAUCAGCAUCUGUUCUCAUGUUCUUGUUCAUCUCAUCAAACAUUUAACAGGAUAUCAGCUCCUGCUUGCCCUCAUAUAUGGUUGCUAUAUUUCAAUUUUGCAGGUUUAUCCAGUUUCCAGCAAAGUGUUGCCAUGGACAGAUUGCAGAAGAUUCUUGGAACACUACAGAGGCCUGAAAUGGGGUAAGACCAUCACAAAAAUCAAGCCUGCAGUGGAAAUCUGGAUACUACUAGUGUCAUCAGUAAUUGCCAGAUUUAUUAAUGGUUGUUUUGUUUUUCCCUCUGCAGUGAAAAGCAUCUCCAAAACCUGCUGCAGAUUGAGAUAAUGCUCAAAAUCUGGUUUCCUCAGGUGGCAUUUCGGUCCACACAUACAUCAAGUCAGAAAACCACUCCGAGAAUCUCAACACACUGGCGCAAAAAUCAGCUCCACAUACCUGUUAAGGUUAGCUUUGUUUAAUAUUAAUAAAUACAUUUUCUGUUUUCCAUAAAAGUGUUCUUUUCUCCCAUAUCUGUGGAUGUGUAGCACUAUGAUUUUGGUGCAUAAGCUGCUACUUUAUCUCUUGUUUCAUUAUGAAAUGUAAGGGUUUUGCCAGGAAAAUUAAAGCAAGCAGCUUAAAAGGCUAAAAAAAAUACUUUACUGUUAAGAAAAACUGUGUAAAGUAUUUCAAUGAGAGGUUUAGAGGUUUUAACAGAAAACUCUGACUCUUAAUGGUUGUUAUUUUUGGUUUUACUUUUCCAUUCCAGAAGAGAAAAAUGAGCUGGUUAGACCCUGACAACUCUGGCACCGUCCUAAUCAAGAAUAAGUACCAAAGACAUGGAACACAAGGGAGCUCCCAGGCUGCACUGCACACCAUUUCCACACCUUCACCUUUAUCCCUUAAGAAACAGAAGACUCCAGCAGCAGAAACAUGUGAACCAGCUGGGAGCAGACAGAAACGCCCAACGCCUGAGUUUUCUCUUCACUCCCCUUGUGGCAGCCCAGCAGCACAGGAUAGCGUAGUGUCCUCCAGCGACAGCAUUUCUUCUUCUGACUCACCCUAUCUGGCCUUAGCCGGCCAUGUUAACACAAGGAAGUGCAACAGCAAGCCAGCAGAGUGACUGCAGAGGGCACGUACGAUUGCAUAAGCAGAAAGCUGUGAACAGAGACAGUCUGUAUUGGCUGCAAGGCAUAGGGCGGCAGAAAAAUGGGAGAAGAACACUAAGACACUUUUCAACCCCUAACUAUCCGCUGUUUGUUUGGGUAUUAUUGCACUAUAUUAGAAAUUAUUUAUUCUUUUCCUUUAGACUGUCACUUUUAUACACUUUUAGUUUCUCUACAUUUAAUGGUGUUGGAAAUUCUUUACAUGUUAUUUGUUACAACUACUGUUCUCUGUUUCGUAUUUUUUUGCAUCCUCCCAGUACUAACAGUGUAGAGUUUACAUAAUGAUGAAAUUAAGAUUAACAGACCACAAUUGUAUCGAAUUAGAAAAAAGAUGGUGAAAAAUGAUAGUAGUUUAAUUAAUACUGAAAUAAAAGUAAUGGGUAAAGAUACAAAAAACUGUUCUAUUAUGAACACAAAUUAUUAAUAGGAUUAUAAAAGCUAAAAAUUGUGGUUUUAGCUAUUUAUUGUAUAUUGUGUAGAAAUGUACACAAUGUGCCAAAAAAUGGUUUUGCCCUAUUAUGAGCAGCUUAUCUCACAGUGACUACUUUUUUUAUCACUUAACACACUUUUUUUUAAUGUAAAUAAAAUUACACAUAGUUUCAUUUGUUAUGGCAAAGCAUAAUGGUGCACGUACAAUACUGCAACUUGACUGAUAAAAAAAUUUCUACUCAAAUUUUCUGGCUGUCCAAAAUAUAUGGGAUGCUUGGCUCGCUGUUGUAAUACUACUCUUGGUAGCCAGGGAACAAACUGGCAACUGCCAGCAAGUUUUAAAAAUGUAACAUAUCACUGCACACAUCACAGAGUUUUUAUGCUUAUAUUCAGUUGGAAAGAAUGCAACUGCGCUUUAAAUGACAUGAUGAGGAAAUGUUCCAUAUUUUCCAAGUCUUAUUUUUAGAAAAUCUGGAUUCGGUUACCAAAAAAGGAACCUGAAUCAGAGGAAAAAUGUCAUGUUGUUGUGUUUUACAUAUCAUUUUUGGAACGAGGGUGGAAGUGAUUUGAAUUUAAAGGCACCAAAAGUAUACUUGGCCUGUUGCCAGUUUGACUUUUUUCACUAAGAGCCCGUACUACAAAUGUUUAUUACAAAGGAAGGAGCAGCUCUUCUCUAUCAUUGUUAUGCUUUGUCACUUAAAGUGCAUUAUUAUUUAUAAUGUGAUAGGCAAUAUUAUGAACAUUUGGUAAACAAACUGUCAUUUUGUGAAAACAUUGAUUCGUUUUCAAUGGCAUUUAUACCAUAUAUUUUAGUUUAUUGAAUUAGUUAUCAUUCAUGUUGAAUGCUGUUUCAUCCCUGGUUUGUCACCAGUCAGCCUUAAUUGUUCAUGAAACAAAAGGUUACAAUUGAUGCAUCUAAGGUUAAAACAUCAGUCAUAUAAAAAACUUAUUACUUUACUAACCCAUGGGGAAAUCAUCAUCUAACACUUCAUUUCAAACCAAAUAUGCUGUAGGAACAACUACUUGAGUGUAGUUAACAGUUGAUGGGUGUAAUAUGUAGUGUCCCAUAGAACAGGUUUUGUUGGGUUACGGAGAUUUUUUUUUGUACUUUGAAUUUUUGUUUAUGUUGUUUUUAUUAAAACUUGUUUCUGUAUUUCUUUUACUAAUGUUUUCAUCAUUGGUUUGUUUAAAAAUGAAAGCACAUUUUUACAGAUUUAAUAAAUUAAGUCCAUCAAA